CAUCCAGGAAGCGAAAGCCGAUUGUCAUCAUCCAAUCUUUUCCAUCCGUUCCCAAAAACCAAUUCAGCUUGAAUUCUACCUCAAAAGAAUCCAAAAUGAAGCAGUUCAUCGUCAUCGUAGCUUUGGUCGUUGGCCUGGCGUCGGCCGACCCCCUUUUGGCGAAAGCCCACAUGUCCAACCCUCACAUCAGAAGAGGCUCCCUUGAUGCAUGGGCCCCCGCCGGACCCAACGACUUCCGAGGCCCCUGCCCUAUGAUGAACACUUUGGCAAACCACGGCUUCCUUCCCCACGACGGACGGAACCUGACACAGGAGAAUGUGGUGAAGGGAUUACGAGAGGGGCUCAACUUUAACGAAUCUCUGGGGGAGCUGAUGUUCAAGAUGGCGAUUCCUGUUAACCCGGAGCCGAACGCCACAUUCUUCACCUUGGAUCAACUCAACGUUCACAACGUUUUGGAGCACGAUGCGAGCUUGAGUCGCACGGAUGCUUUCUUCGGGAGCAACCACAUCUUCAACCAGACCAUCUUUGACGAGAGCAGAGCCUACUGGACCAAGGACAUCCUCGACGCGGACCAGCUGGCCAACAGCAAGAUUGCCCGCCAGAUCAACUCCAAGGCUUUCAACCCGAAUUACACCUUCACCGCGACUGUCGAGAACUUCAGCCUGGGUGAGGUUGCCGCCCCGAUCAUUGCCUUUGGCAACAUGACCGCCGGCACCGUCAACAAGACCCUGGUCGAGUACUUUUUCUUGAACGAGCGCCUUCCUGCUGAGUUGGGCUGGGUCAAGAAGGAGAACGCCAUCACCCAAGAGGAUAUCCUUGGCGUCGUUGGUUUGAUAAGCAAGGCGACUAGUCUUAUUACCGGCGGCGAGGAGGAGGCGCCGCACGCUCGCACGAUCCGAGACUUGCACUCUGGCUUCAGUCUUUUGGCUCAGCGGGGGGACUGAAGAGCUUGCAUCUGACACCACACAACUACCUGAGACAAGUUGGGGGUUUGCGCUUAUUUCUAGACUUUAUGUUUUGACGAAAAGUCAUGCGGAACUUUGUGUUGGUCCAAAUUUCAGUGUGGUUAUUUGAACAUCAAACAAAAAAGGGGUUUAAAAUACCGAGUUUUAAGUAUCAAUGACAAGCCG